GAGGCUGAAGGCGCUCAGGGUCCGGGGAAGGGCCCGCGCUGGCAUCCCCAGCACGCCCGCGCCUGCGCCCGCGGCGCCCCAGCUCCUCCAGAGAAACCCACGCGGGCCGCGGGCGCCCUCCCACGACAGAAGAAUUAACUCGCGCCUCCAGCACGGGGGGCGUGGCCUGUCCAGAGACCACCAAGGCCGCGAGGUCCCGCAGGGAGGCGGACGGCACAUGGGACAGAGGAGACACGACUGAGCGCUGGGAAGGACAGAGAGGCUGAGGGAGGGGUCCUCCCCUGAAGGCCAAAGCCAGGGGUAGCCUUUCCAGGGCGAUCAUGGCCGUGGCCCCUCUGGGGAGGUAAGGGCCUCCAGUGAGGAGGCCAGGGCAGGAGCCCAGGUGGGACUGGAGUUUGGAGGGAGUGAUAAAGGGGCUCUUGGGUUGGAUGUGACAGGGAGAGGGGACGCUAGCCAAGGUGACGCCUCGGUUUGGGGCUUGGGCGGCUGUGUGAGUGCCCGUGCCAUUUCUUCUGAAGGGGAAUAUACUGCCCGGGUAGUGGGGGCAGGUUGGGAUGGGAACCAAGAAUUCCACUUUAAGAUUCCCUCAAUUUCAGGGGGAGACCCAGAGGGAGGUCGGGGUUGUACAUGAAAGUGUCAGGGGAGCAGGGUGUGGCCUGGCCGCGCAGAGGGAUGAAGGGAAAGAGAGGGAACGGGCCCCAGGAUUUAAAAAACUCAUAACAGAUCCAUCUUGCAGCAGUUGGACGUUCUUUUCCUUUUCCUAUUGAGAAAGCAUGGGCUGUACAGAAAAUGCAAAAAGCAAACCCUGAAAUGGAGGCCGCCCUGCAGGCCUUGGGCUGCAUGCACCCUGGCAGCACGUGUACCCGGCAGUCAUUACCUCUGUGUUCUCCUUAGGUCUGGCGGAACCAGAGAAUGACUCGUGACACCCCUUCAGGAAGUUGUAGGUGCCACCAGAUGAGCGGGGACACGAGUGGGUGGUGGGCUUGGCCUUCUCCAUGCUCCAGAAAGCCUCCCCAGAAGUUCCACUAGCCUGGGUCACAGCCAGGAAACAGGCUCUAGCCAAAGGAAGCUGGUCUGGCAGGCGCUGGUCAGACACCCAACCUGGCCCUGGGCAGGCAGUGGUGAUAGCAGGGCCACUGACAGAGUCGGGGUGCCGAGUCUGAGAGCUGGCUUCUGGGGUUUCUUCCAGGGACAUUUCUCUCUGGCUCCAGCCCAGAUCCGUUCUGUGAAGUCGCCCCUAUAAAUCCUGGCCUGAUGCCUCUGAGGUGUUUUAAUAAGUAUGGGGUUUCCUUUAGGGGUUCCCCAGUCCUCCGAUUCUCUUCCUCCCCGCAGGGCGUUUUUGACAGGCACAAGCAAACACACUCGUGUAUUUCAACAAACUUGAUCCCCUCCAGCGCUGUAACCAUCAUUCUCCAGAUCACAGGGAGGCUGCGUGAUUCCAGCAAUUAGCCACACCUGCCCCGGGAGGCGGGGCGGAGCCAAAGGCGGGACGAGGAGCGCGACCCCGCCCCCACACCGCAGCCCCGCCCCUCUGCGGCCCCGCCAUACUCCUCUCUGGCGCUUCGCGGCCGGCGCGGGCAGGAUGGCGGACUCCAGCCACAGCGGUUCUUGUUUCCACCGGGCCGCCAGAGCGAAGGACCAGCUUCCGGCAGCCUGUGCCGCGUGUGCUCUUCGGCUUCCGGCCGGUUGUGGGUCUCCGCCGCGGACAUGGGGAAAGUGAGGGGCCUGCGGUCCCGGGUGCACAAGGCUGCCGUGAGGCCCACGGGGGAGGCCGCGCCCGGCCCCACGCCCCCCGCCCGGGAGGCGGCCUCUCUGCAGGCCUCGGCUGGUGGAGUCGGGGGGAAGGAGUGGGCCUUCAUGAAUGCCAGUGUGUUUGCCGGGACCACGAUAGACCCCAGCGCCUUGGUGCAGAAGCUGGACGUGGACGCGAGGAGCAGCGCCUCCGUCAGGAGAGGUGCCAAGGCCAAGGCUGUUUUGCCCAAGAAGGAGAAGCUGAAGCUGAGGCGCGAGAGGUGGCUGCAGAAGAUUGAAGCCACAAGGCUGGCGGAGCAGGAGCGCAAGGCGGAGCAGAGGCGCAGGGCCACGGUGGUGGUAGGGGACCUGCAGCCCCUGCGGGACGCCCUGCCCGAGCUGCUGGAGCUGCAGAUGGGUGGCCAGCGAGCGGCCAUCAGGCCCCGGGCAGCCCAGCUGAGCCGGAUGAGCGCGGCACAGAAGUUCCAGCUCCUUGAGGAGGAAAGGACGCGGUUUCGGGAGCUGCUGGCCAGCCCGGCCUACAGAGCCAGCCCCCUGCAGGCCAUCGGGCGGCAGCUGGCCCAGCAGAUGCGGCUGGAGGGCAGUGGGCAGUCCUGACGCAGCGCGGGGCAUGCCUGAGCUCCGGGGACGCCCACGAGGAGGUGCCCAGGGGGCCAACUCUGCCAUUGUCGCCCUGCUCCACCAGACCCUAAGCGACGGGGCUGCUGUCCUCGGCACAGGCGGGUCUACCGAAGUGAGACAGGCAGUUGACGUGGUCGUGUUGUGACUGCCCAUUUAUUAUUGCAAUAAAAAAGGUGCUGGAAGAACCCAGGAUGUCCAUGGAGCUCGGUGCCGGCCACCCAGGAGGUGGUGCGGCCACUCGGCGGGCAUUCUUCACGCUUUUCUGUUUUGUCUGAGUUUGUCAACAGUGACUGCACGUUGUGUAUUAUUUUAAGAGAAAAACCUUCUAGCUUCCUGGUGCUCCAGUGGCUCCAGGCUGACCAUGGAUGGGCGUGGCUCUGCCCGCUUCUCCAGAUGCCCUCGGUCAGGGCCCCCGACCUCUGCCCGGACGCCAGGAGCUUCCCCUCCGCUGUGCUGGGGGGGAAUGGGGGGAGGGAGGACGGGGGCGCGGUGCCAGACUGGCGCCGCCGUCCACCGCGGCUGACUCGGGCCUCGCCCCGGAAAGUGGCCUGAGAAGUUGCAAGCGUGUGGGGACGCCGCCCUCCCCGACAUCAGGCAGGCGCAGGUGGGUGGUGAAAGCAGGCGGGCGGGUGGGAGAGACCUCGCCAGCCUGGGAGCCUGCUGGCUGUGGUCUCGGAGCUGGAGGGACUUCCACGUUCACAGCCCUGUCUGUGGUUUUAAUCUUUGCAGAAUGAACUUGGACUAUCUGGUAAUAAAAUUAAAUGA